UUUCAAACCAACUUGAUCUGGCCUCAUUUCUAUUAACAUUUUUUCUUUUUAUUCCUCUCUUUAUCUGUAAUAUAUUUUCCCUCUAACUAGAAAGAUGCAGAUCGGGUUGACACUUCCGGUUCAGAAUAUGAACUUUUUUCCGGCCCGGAGUGGAGGGUUUAAUUGUAAUGGAUCUGCUUCCCCAUUGAAAGCUUGGUCAAGAAAUGUUAAUGCAAGGUGUGCAACAAUGAAGGCUGUUUCAACUACCAAGAUGACCCGCAAGCAUUUAUCAAGUCUUGAGAAACUGCUCCAGAAAGAAUCCGAGCCUAGCCCGCCAGAAGAUGUUCAAGUUGAAGAUGUAAAUAAGGUGACUCAAAAAUCACCAGAGAAGGAAAAUAAAGGGAGAGGGUUUUUGGAGAAUCUGAACUUGUCUAGAGUUUGGCCCGAAUCGAAAGCUGCCGAGGAGGUUUCUCCUCGGCAUCUUGUCCGCUUGAAGCGGAUGUUAUCGAUAUCGAACCAAUAUUCUCCUCGUAAUAUUCUCGCCAGCAAAUGGCGAGAAUAUCACGGGUGUAAUAAUUGGGAAGGUUUACUUGACCCGUUGGACGAGAAUCUGAGGAGGGAGAUGGUUAGGUACGGGGAGUUUAUUCAAGCUGCGUAUCAUUGUUUUCAUUCGGACCCGGCCACGUCAGAGGGUCAUGCUAAUGUGGACCGCCAUGUGGCGGUACCUGAUAGGGCGUACCGGGUGACGAAGAAUCUUUAUGCCACGUCAUCGGUCGGUUUGCCUAAGUGGGUUGAUAAUGUGGCACCGGAUCUCGGGUGGAUGACCCAGAGAUCCAGCUGUGUUGGUUACGUGGCGGUUUGCGAAGAUCAAAGGGAGAUUGCGAGGAUGGGAAGGAGGGAUAUUGUUAUCGCGCUACGUGGCACUUCCACGUGUCUUGAAUGGGCUGAAAAUAUGAGGGACUUGCUCGUUGAGAUGCCUGAUCAACAUAACACAGGUGAAGCUAAUGAAGUGCAAUCUAUUUCUAAAGUCGAAUGCGGAUUUUUGAGCCUUUUCAAAACUGGCGGAGCUCAAAUGCCAAGUCUAUCCGAAUCCGUAGUGAGCGAAAUUCAUAGACUCAUGGAAAUGUACAAAGGCGAAACUUUAAGUAUUACUGUCACCGGUCAUAGUCUCGGGGCAGCUUUGGCUUUAUUAGUGGCCGAUGAACUUAGUUCGUCGGCUCCCAAUAUGCCUCCUGUCGCGCUUUUCUCCUUUGGUGGUCCUCGUGUAGGCAACAAAGGAUUCGCCAAUCGUUUAAAUAAGAAAAAUGUUAAGGUGUUACGAAUUGUGAACUCACAAGACGUGAUCACCCGAGUGCCUGGAAUGUUUGUUAGCGAAGAAUUAGACAAAAAAAUUAGAGAUUCAAGUGUGGGCGCGAACGUGCUUAAUGUGCUCGACAACAACAUGCCGUGGGCGUAUUCUCAUGUCGGGACGGAGUUACGGGUCGAUACGAAGAUGUCGCCGUUUUUGAAGCCGAAUGCUGAUGUUGCAUGUUGUCAUGACUUGGAGGCAUAUUUGCACCUGGUGGAUGGCUUUUUGGCAUCAAACUGCCCCUUCAGAUCUAAUGCCAAAAGAAGCUUGGUGAAGCUGUUAAAUGAGCAGAACUCUAAUGUAAAAAAGUUAUAUACAAACAAAGCAAAGGCUUUGACACUGAAACUGAAUCCCCAAAGGGAGAUUCUGCAGAUGCCAAGUUGCUUGCCCAGUCCAUCAACUUAAUAGAAAAUUGUUAAAC